AUGGAGGGAUCUUCACAAUCGCGGAUCGCCGACGAUCGUGUCCAAUAUGAUGGGAAAGAAUACAGAGCAGUGAAAGAGGGGUUGGCUUUCAUCCUAAAUGCGCCUGCAGAGGCUGCAGCUUCGAAAGGAACAAAGAAGGAUCUCAAGGUUGACGAUGAGGCCCAGUCUGUGUUUUACAAUCCGAUACAGCAGUUCAAUCGCGACCUGAGCGUGCUUGCGAUCAAGGCAUACAGCGAACAUGUGGUGGCGUUGAGGAAACAAAAGGCCGACAAGAAGAUGCAGAAACAGGCCAAUGGCAAAAAACGAAAGAGGGACGAACAAGAAACCGAAGAGCCGAUCAAUAAAGCGAACCCGCCCUCGUUCACGAUCCUAGAUGCUCUUUCGGCCACCGGCUUGCGAGCACUCCGAUAUGCCUCGGAAAUCCCGGCUACCACACGUGUCGUUGCCAAUGAUUUAUCGCCUUCCGCCAUCGCGGCCAUGAAGACCAAUAUUGAGUACAAUAAGCUAGGGGAGCUAAUCCAGCAAAACACUGGCGAUGCUCGGGCUUAUAUGUACAAUCUACCCCACGCGUUCGACGUCAUCGAUCUAGACCCUUACGGCACGGCUGCGCCCUUCAUGGAUGCGGCGGUACAGGGAGUGAAGGAUGGAGGAUUACUAUGCGUGACUUGCACUGAUGCUGGGGUCUGGGCUUCGAAUGGGUACCCAGAAAAAUCCUUUGCCUUAUAUGGCGGCGUACCCUCGAAAGGUUCACAUUCACAUGAGGCUGGGCUGCGCCUGAUUCUGCACGGACUCGCGGCGUCUGCUGCCAGAUAUGGACUAUCGAUCGAGCCCCUCUUGUCCUUAUCGAUUGAUUUCUACGCUAGAGUCUUCGUCCGCAUUCAUCGAUCUCCGGCCGAGGUAAAGUUUGCUUCGGGAAAUACGAUGCUAGUUUACAAUUGCGAUUCGGGGUGUGGGGCUUGGUCAACACAACCUUUGACCCAGACGAAGCAGAAGCUUGAUAGAAAAGGUGACCCUUUCUACCACUAUGGGUUUGCACAAGGGCCAGUUGCAGGGACGCACUGUGAACAUUGUGGUUCCAAGACGCACAUAGGUGGACCAAUGUGGGCCGGUCCUCUUCACAACCCCCAGUACAUCCAGAAGAUUCUUGAUAUGCUCCCUGGGACUGAUGCAGACACAUACCAGACCUUGAGCCGGCUUGAAGGCAUGCUAAUGACAGCCCUCGAAGAGGACCUGACUCUCAGCGACUCCGCGGAAAGCUCGUCUCCGGAGCCUGUCGAUGCCAAUAACAGCGACUCACCGCAAGAGCAGCCAGAUAUCAUCCCCCGAAUGGAUCCCGCUCUUCGUGAGCCACACCCCUUCUAUUUUAGUCUCAAUGUGCUGGCGAAGGUCCUGCGCACGUCGACGGUUCCCUACGACGCCUUCUGCGGGGCGCUCCGGCAUAUGGGCUACCGGACCACUCGUAGUCAUGCAAAGCCCAAUACAGUGCGCACCGAUGCUCCUUGGGCAGUCAUUUGGGAAGUCAUGAGGGAAUGGGUGAGACAGAGGUCUCCCAUCAAGGAGGGUGCUCUCAAGCCCGGGACGGCGGGCGCGACCAUCAUGGCCAAGGGUCGAGAAAGCCCGCAGAACACUGAUCAAGGUGAACUGCUAGACACCUUGAAAAGAGAAGUCGCAUCUGCAGCUGAAGGCGGAAAAGAUGUCUCCGACAUGAUAACCAAGGUGGAGGCCGCAUUGUACCGCUCGGGAGCCCGACUACCACCGAAGAAUUCAUCAAGCACGAGCGGAGAGGUGGACACAUCAACGUCACAGAAUAAGACAACGCCGGUGGUCUUCGACGAAAGCUUGGGUAGAAAGACAUCCGGUAGAAAGCGGCUAGUGAGGUACCAGAUCAACCCUCGAGCCAAUUGGGGUCCUCUGAACCGAGCAUCUGGUGGUGGGCGAAAAUGA